CCCGUCUUUACCAUGAUUCAUGCUUGAACUGUGGUUGUUUUACGUGCGAAUCAACUAGUUUGUGCUUUAUUGACUAGGUAGGUGGUCCUUAACUGUGGGGGAACUGUCAAAUCCCUACUUGCAGUCUUAACAAAAAUUUUCUUAGCUCCACCUUUGGUUUUCUUAUUUUGAAGGAUCAUGUCUCUCGAUCACCCGUACGUGUAGGGCCUGCACCUUCACCCUGAUUUUGUUGACCAGUACGCCAGGUUCAUCAACAGGUUGUUUCACCGCCACCAUCACCUCGAGUUUCGAGUCUUCCAGCAGCUCCACUUCCUGGUUCUCCUGACCACCCAUGAUUCCACCUUCAUGGAGUUGGUCUAGGAGUUCUACUCCACAUUCAAGUACUGGCCCAAGGCGGCUCGCGGCUCCACCAUCGGUGUCACCUUCCGACUCGGCGGGCACAUGCGGGAGAUGAGCAUCGAUGGGUUAGCUCAUGCCUUGCGGAUCCACUACCAUCUGUACUCCCGAUACUCCCGAUACGAGAAGGAGGUCCCCCCAUCCCACUGAAUGUAACCAGGAUGACUUCUACCGCCGCAUCACCCAUCCUGCCUACCAGAGGGAAGCGUUCGAGGCCAACCAUACGACUGCCUCUACCAGAAGAAGAUAAUAAGGAUGAUGAUGAUGAUUACACUGGAGAGGUUGAGGAUGACGAUGAUGAUGGUGGGCCUAUGAAUGCCGAGGAGUCGGAGCCCCCACUUUCCCCCAGGAGAUCUUCUUCCACGAUGGAGACCCGAGCGUGGUCAUUCCACCUCUGGUCCUUCUGUUAUGCCGAUGGAUAUCUUCACUGAGCAGUUCCACCAUACGGGUCUCCAGGUCCAGCUGCUUGGGUUCCAAAACCAGUAGCUCAUGGACCACCAGUACCAAUUUCAGCAGCAGUAUUCAUCCCACGAGGCUAAGUACACAAACUCACUUCAAUAUUCAAUCAUUAUCAUUGGUCUCUUUCAACCUCAAUCAUGCUAUUCAUGCAUCGACAUCAAUGAGCCACAAGAUUAACAACACAACAGGUUCAAAAUAAUGCACACUAUGAUCAAGCACAAGAAGUCAAACUCGUUUGGAGACCCCAAAUUUUAAAUUUUUGGAUAGUGCACUAGGUAACGAGAAAUCUGUAUCAAUCCAACCAUUAAUUCACACCUAUUAACAAUGAAACAUCGCCCAGACUUAAGCGCGACAUUGUCCUGAAUGGAGAUGAAAUAUGUAAGGGGAACAAAGUUAAUGGAUGAGU